AUCCAUCCAUCCAUCCAUCCAUCCUGGAUAAAAAAAAAGAUGCUGCGUAAUAGUUCAUUCAUAAACACCAGCAGCCUGUCAUUGCACACACACACACUGACAGAGUUUCUGUAAACAUAAACACACUAACUACCACGUAGACUGAAAUAAAACGCACAGUGUCACUUAACUACAGAGAAAUAACGUUAAGGCUGCUGCUGCUGCUACAAUGGCGAUGUGAAAACAAGGCGACCACCCACACUGAAGGGUGAGAGGAGGAGGAGGGAGGAGGAGGAGGAGGAGGAGGACGCCAUUGCAGCCCGCAGCUGGCCGUCUGCGAGAGGAGGUGGAGGGACAGACGUUAGCUUUAAACUCCCCCGACUAUGUCACUGUUUACCGGGCUCAGCCGCCUCCAGCCACCGUGUGCUAGAAAACGCUUAGCGUAGUGGAGGAUGGACGGUUCGCUUGAGGAGGAGGACACAAUGUGGACAAGCAGAGCCGAACCGAACCGAAGCAGUCUCCUGCCAUUCCUUCAGCUGUCUGCUGCCCUGGUCUCUUACCAUGAACACCAGUAGAAACUGCACCGCGGUGGGGCAUGGCGAGGGUCUGGCCGCCCUGGAGUCAGUCUCCAUCGUGACCAUCACACUUCUCGCCUGCUUGGGGAACCUGCUGAUCGUCGUGACUCUUUACCGCAGGCCUUAUCUCCUCACACCCAGCAACAAGUUUGUGUUCAGCCUGACCCUGUCCAACCUGCUGCUGUCCAUGCUGGUGCUGCCGUUCGUGGCCGUGAGCUCAGCAAAGAGAGAGUGGGUGUUCGGGGUGGUGUGGUGCAACUUCACCGCCCUGCUAUACCUGCUCAUCAGCUCGGCCAGCAUGCUCACACUCGGAGCUAUUGCUAUUGACAGGUACUACGCCGUGCUCUACCCGAUGAUCUACCCCAUGAAGAUCACAGGAAACCGGGCGGUCGUCGUCAUCGCCUACGUGUGGUUGCACUCCCUGGUGGGCUGUCUGCCUCCUCUCUUCGGCUGGUCCUCCUUCGAGUUCGACUGCUUCAAGUGGACGUGUGUCGCGUCCUGGCACAGAGAGCCGAGUUACACGGCCUUCUGGGUAACCUGGUGCACCCUUCCCCCCUUCUUCGUCAUGCUGGCCUGUUACGGUGUCAUUUUCCGCGUCGCCCGUAUGAAAGCUCGGAAGGUUCACUGUGGGACGGUCAUCAUGGCCCAGGACGACUCCGCCGGAGCUCAGAGGAACGGACGCAAAAACUCGAGCACCUCAACUUCGUCCAAUGGAAGCCGGCGGAGCCUCGUGUACGCAGGGAGUCAGUGCAAGGCCUUUGUCACCAUCUUAGUCGUGAUCGGCACUUUCCUCAUGACCUGGGGGCCGUACGUCGGGGUGGUGUGCACCGAGGCUUUGUGGGGACAGGGGAGCGUGUCUCAGGGACUGGAGACGUUGGUGGCUUGGCUGUCUUUCUGCAGCGCAGUGUGCCACCCGCUCAUCUACGGUCUGUGGAAUAAAACGGUGAGGAAGGAGCUGUUGGGGAUGUGCUUUGGAGAUCGCUACUACAGAGAGUCGUUCGCCACGCGGCAGAGGACGUCCCGCCUUUUCAGCAUCUCCAACAGGAUCACAGACUUGGGUAUGUCCCCACACCUGACAGCCCUGUUGGCCGGUGGAGGGCAUCUGCUGGCCCCAGGAAGCAGCACAGGAGACACUGGCUUCAGUUUCACUCAGGACUCAUGCACAGACGUGAUGCUGCUGGAUAACUUCUCCACGGACGGCUCCUCCCACCCACAGCACCACGGGAAUUCGUCCGGGAAGAGGAGGAGCUCGGUCACCUUUGAAGACCAGGUGGAGCAUUCCAAAGCUGAAAACACCAACACCUCCUCGGUUCAAGUCCAGGCAGAGGUACACAAAUCUCUCGACACGUUCGCCUCCUGUCUGGCGAAGGCUAUAGAGAGCGACGCUAAGCUCACCCUGUUUGGGGAGGACCUGGCUCUGCCGGGGGGACUGUUUACGACGAGGGCGGCACCGAGGCCCAGAUACCUGGACGGGCAGAGACUCAGACUGGAGAGUAUCGAUGAAGGGAUCGUUAAAGACGACAGAGAUGAAGAAGAGCAGGAGGUGGAGGAGAAACCCGCCUGAACGCAGAGCUCAGUUUAUUAGAGAAGUGUGGGGGUAACGUUGCUACGUGUAUCCGAGCGGUGCAGUUCAUGAAGUCUGAUCUCUCUCUGCAGAUCCAUACUUGAAAUUAUUAGAAAACAGGAAGAGGUUAUUCAUUCCACUAUGUCGGACCAAGGACACGCCGUCAGUGUCUUUGCAAGCUUUUGUAUGGGUUAAUCAAAUAGGAAGCCUUAACUACUGUAGCCUAAAUGAUCUGAUUGUUGCGUGUGUGUAUAUAUAUUAUUGUAUGAAUUUACAAUAACACAUGCCUCAUCAGGGCCGGGCAGUAUUCAGGAAACAGACUCUGUUAUCAAAUCACUUUAUUACAAUAGGAAAAGAAGAUUUCAAGUCUAAAUGAUGUUUUUACGCAGGUACAGACAGCUGAGGUACUGCACAGGUACUGUACCUGGUUCGAUGGACCUCUUUCCUGGACUGUCAGAGCAGCGAGCCGACAUGCAGCACAGCAGCACCCUGACUCUGUUUGACCUGACUGCUUCAUGCUGUGAAAACGCUCCAUUAGGAGCUGAAACUAGGUAACGACAGGACUUAAUCAAAACUAAUCAGCUGUUUAGUUCAUGUCAAAAUGACUUUAACAGAUUUAUUACUUGUCAAAACAGCACAUUAAUUAUCUGUCACUUGAUUAAUGGAUUGUUUGACAUUGAUUCCUAAGUGGCUGGACACUCUGUUGGCUUUAAUCAACCUUUAUCAGUCUUAUUCGUACACGUAGCUCCACACACCUUCAGCUUGAUGCUGCGGUCACAUCGUGUGGGAUGGAUGGGAAAGAUUCCUGUGCUUAAACUUUGGUCCAUGCUGGACUUGAACCAGCCACCCUCUGGUACAGAUUGUACUAAUCUAGUGUACAUAUGGGUAUUUCUCGUGUACCCAGAAUAUUGCCCAGUUGGAACACACUACAGACCCUUUCCAAAAAAUGUAUAUAUCAUAUAAAAGUUUACUUAUUUCCAUAAUUCCAUUAAAAAGGUUAAACUUUCAUAGAUUAUAGAUUCAGGGGCCACAGUUCAAAUGAUUUCAAGUAUUUAUUAUUUGUUUAUUUUUACAUAAUUUGGGCUUCCAGCUCAUUAAACCCAUGGAAACAGGAAUUCAAAAAAAUUUGAAUACUGUGAAGAAAUCAGCCCAAAUUUUGCAAUGUCGCGCACUAAUCAUCUACUAAACUCAAAGCACCUGACAGACUUGACAACUGGCCAGAAGACCAUCACUGAUACCCUCCAUAGGAUGGGUAAGCCACAAAAGUUCAGAGCUAACGAGGCUGUUCACAGAGUGCUGUGUCCAAGCAGAUCAAUGGAAAGUCUAGUGGAAGAUGCACCAGCUUAAGAGAUGAUUUUUGAGCUGGAAGCCCCCUUUUCUAUGAUAUUCUCAUUUUUUGGAAAGGGUCUGUACGUACCGUCUUUGUUUGAUCCAUCUUCUUGCUGUGAGGCGACGGUGCUAACCACUGCACCACCCUGAACGUAGGAGGUCCACACUGACUGCCCGGCCCUGAGCUCCAUCUGUUGACACGUACCUGGUCGUUUAGGUACUCAGGCGUGAUCCACACAGGUGUAUUAGAAACAGGUACAGUCCUGACGCUCCGUGAUUAUCCGCUACAGUCAUUGAUUGCACUUGUGUGUACGUGUUGUCAUAGAAACCACUUUUAUUGUAUGUCAAGAGAAGGUGAUUGUUCUUGUUUGGUCAGUGCGUGUGCGUACUGUCCGAGGUACAGCUGGAUAUUAAUAUUGAAGAUGACAAACCAGCGGUCCGGUUAUUUCAUAUUUCAGUGAGUUACAUCACCGUGUGGCCUUAGUAAAUACUGAUUGGUACAUGUGGUUUACUUCAGUGGAUACACUCCACCGCUCCCUUUACUACAGAACAAACUCAGAGGAUGUUUAUAUAAAGAGCACACGCCUGGUGCUUCAGUCUUACCUCGAAUCUUCAUAUUAUGUUUGAAUGGUACUACUUUAAAAAAAAUGAACAGCUAUACACCUGAGAAGUGAUGUAACCUUUUGAUAUUCACUAUACAGUUAAGUAUUAAUACAAAUAUUUGCAUUAAAGUUUUUUGUAUCAAGAUUUUUCUAUUAAAACUUUUUACAUAAAA